CACACAUAGCAAAGUGAUGGUAAGAAUCAGAGAACAUAGCAUUGGGUUCAUGUCUUGUUUUCUUUCCCAGGUACACUAGCAGAGAGCUCCUAAAAGUGGAGUCAAAUAUCUCAGACUUGGGGAGUAACACCACAGAAGUGAAUGGAAGUGACCACCAUGGAAUUUCAUUUUGUGACAUCAUAUCCUGUACCAUGAUAUUGCUUUCCCUCAUCUUUGCCCUAGCUGGACUGGUUGGAAAUGGCAUAGUGCUGUGGCUCCUUGGCUUCCACAUGCCCAAAAAUCCCUUCUCUGUGUGUAUUCUCAACCUGGCUGGUGCUGACUUUCUCUUCAUGUGUUUUCAAAUUGUAUAUUGCCUUCACGUUGUCUUGGAUAUCUUCUAUCCCAGCCUCAUCAGUUUUCCUUUGUUUUCUUUUGUUCUGGUAAAUUUUGCUUAUCUUUGUGGGCUGAGCAUUCUCUGUGCCAUUAGCAUUGAACGCUGCCUGUCUGUCAUGUGGCCCAUCUGGUAUAGAUGCCAACGCCCAAAGCACACAUCUGCUGUCAUAUGUACCUUGCUUUGGGUCUUGUCUCUGCUGUUGAGCAUCUUGGAAGGAAAGGAAUGUGGCUAUCUAUUUGAUAGUCUUGGUCCUAGUUGGUGUCAGACAUUUGAUUUCAUCACAACUGCAUGGUUAAUUACUUUAUUUGUGGUUCUCUUGGGGUCCAGUCUGGCCUUAGUGGUUACUAUCUUCUUGGGAUCACACAGAAUUCCUGUGACCAGGUUAUAUAUGAUCAUUGUGUCCACAGUGCUGGCCUUCCUACUCUUCAGUCUGCCCUAUGGGAUCUACUGGUUCCUCUUAGCAUGGAUCGAAAUUUUUCAUAGUGUUGUGCCUUGUGAUUUUUAUCCAGUGACAAUAUUUCUGUCCUGUGUUAACAGCUGUGCCAACCCCAUCAUUUACUUCUUUGUUGGGUCCAUUAGGCACCGCAGGUUCCAGCACAGAACUCUCAAGCUGCUUCUGCAGAAAGCCAUGCAGGACACUCCUGAGGAGGAAGAACAUGGAUACAUGGGUCCCUCAGCAAGAUUUAGAGAAAUUUAAACAGUCUGGCAAGGACUGAGAGCUGCUCUGAUCAGACAGGAAUAUCUUUAAGAAACACCUUUGAUCUAAUUAGUUUGUGGCAUUUUCAUAACCUUUUUUAGGUGAUGACCCAGUGUUAAUUCAGCUGGGAAAACAUUCAAUCUUGCAGAGGUUGAUUGAUACUGGACUUGUUACAGAGGUACUGACUGUAGCAUUUCUGGGGCCGCCUUACCAAUAGCUUUACUAUCUGCUUUUGAUGGGUCUCCUUGUAAUCUCUUAAAUCCAGUAGAGAUGUUGACCACUAUUGCCAAAUCUUACCUUGACCAGAAGAAGGCUCAAGGAAGCCCAGAAAAGAGCUGAAUUUCUUUUGUCAUUUCAUAGUGGUUAAACCCAUUGCAA